CUCCGGCAACUCGACAGACAGACCUACAGACCAGCCACAUUGUGAGUUUGGAUUUCUUGCGCUAUGGACUCUCGCUUACAACCGAUUAACCGCCACACCUUUACUCAUUCGGAACUGUAUGGUCUGUUAAACCAGGAGAACGUCUUGACUCCCAAAGCAGCCCGCAGACGCACCGGAGCGUUUUGAACAACCAGGACAAAACAACCGGACUAAAACCCCUGGAGGAGAGCAGGCUACAGUCUGGACUCUCAUUCUCAGGAACGUAUUACCUUGACAAGACUAUUUUACGUUGCAGCCGGCUACUACGGCAUGUGAUUUUACUGAGGAUAAUACAAUGAGACUUUCUAGGAAGGAGUUGGUAUGGGUUAUUAAACUACUACUGCUGUGCCUGAGCUGCUCAGGAGGAGGGAUAGCUGAUUAUACAUUUGACAACAGGUGGGCGGGCCAGGAGCUGUUGUCCAAUGGGCUGUGUCAGUACGGGACCAGGGUGGAGUGCUGCUGGGGCUGGAGAAGGGCUUCCUGGGGGCACUGCCAACCUCUGUGCCAACAGGAGUGUAAGCAUGGAGAGUGUGUCGGUCCGGAUAAAUGCACGUGCCAUCCAGGAUACACGGGCAAAACCUGCAAUCAAGAUCUGAAUGAAUGUGGGCUAAAGCCCAGACCAUGUAAACAUCGCUGUAUGAACACACAGGGCAGCUACAAGUGUUACUGUCUGAAUGGAUACAUGCUGCAACCUGAUGGAACCUGCAGGAAUGCCCGUACCUGUGUCAGGGCCAACUGUCAGUACGGCUGUGAGGUUAACAAAGGGGUGGUGAGGUGCCAGUGUCCGUCUCCAGGGUUACGACUGGGGCCAGACAGACGCACCUGUGUGGAUGUUGACGAGUGUGUGGCGGGUCGAGGGGUGUGUCCUCGGAACAGGAAGUGUCAGAACACCUUCGGCAGCUAUGUGUGUAAAUGUUACCAUGGUUACAAACUCACCUACAUCAACGGCAGAUACCACUGUAUAGAUAAGGAUUCUCGUUCCUUCUGCUCCCUCAACCCUGACUCUCCCAAGUGCCUCUGUAGAGAUGGGAAGGGAACGGACUGCUAUCCUGUUGCCAAGGUCACCAUUGUUCCUCCUCAACCUAAAACCACACCCAGAUCUACAACGAGACCUACACCUAAACAAGCAUCCAGACAUACAACCAGACAGACAGCCAGACAGACAACUACAGUCAGACCUACUACUUCUGCUACGAUAGUGACUACAAACGCAGCAACCACUGCCAUGGCAAUAACUACCAGGGGACCUACCACCACGACAACCAUCGUUACGACAACCACCGUCCCAACAACCGUUCCCUCGACAACAACCUCUACUCAGCCAUUCACAACCACUACAACCCCUAUUCCAACUACCCCCUCCCCUACCACCCCCAGCCCUCCUCCCUCUACCCCCUCACCUACCACCCCCAGCCCUCCUCCCUCUACCCCCUCACCCUCCUCCCUCUACCCCCUCACCUACCACCCCCACCCUCCUCCCACCACCCCCCUGGACAACCACAUUCAGAAGGUUGUUACCCAGAGACAAAGAGGAGAUGUUCACAUCCCCCGUCUUCCAGGAAGUGGAAACAGAGGGUUUGACUACGACAUUGAGCUGGGAAACACUACAGAGGACAACAGAGAUGAUCCAGGGGCUGGUUCUCUGAGCUGUUCAUUUGACCACGGUCUGUGUGGCUGGAUGGGAAACCGAGAUGGAGACCUGCACUGGGAGACAGCCAGCAGCCCUGCCGGUGGGCGGUACAUGUCUGUUCCAGAGGUAGGGGUGGGGAAAAGGAGCAUUCAAGGCGCACGAUUGGUCGUCUCCUUAGCCCCGCCCUGGAGCGAGGGUCACUUGUGUUUCUCCUUCCGUCAUUGGCUGUCAGGUCACCAUGUGGGUGUGCUUCAGCUGUUCGUCAGGAGGAAGGGUUUGAGAUAUAGCCCCGCCCUCUGGAGCCGGACGGGGGGAGAAGGGUGGAGACAUACACAGAUCACACUGUGGAGAGCAGGCCUGGAGAGUGUCCUUCUGAAAGGAGAGAGGAGGCGUGGCCACAAAGGACAGAUGGGAUUGGACGACGUUAGCCUGAGGAGAGGGGCCUGCGGAGAAGAGAGACUCUAACACUCACACAGACUCUGGCACUGUGUUGUGAUAGGUCCUUCUGAAAGGAGAGAGGAGGCGUGGCCACAAAGGAGAGAUGGGAUUGGAUGACGUUAGCCUGAGGAGAGGAGAGACAUUUUGUAACGUCAAGACUCUGGCACUAUAGUCGACUUUACGUAAUACAGUACAACAUUUUGUAACGUCAAGGCCAGAGGAACUCUUAGAUCAAAUAUAUUGAUAACUGAUCAAAUACAUUGAUUUUGUCCACUAGGUAAUUAUUGAUAAUGCAUGAUAAUGAUUUGGCUGUAUCAGCUGACUUUAUUAGUAAAGACAAAGAGGUUGGAUAUCUUGAUGUAUUAUUCUAUUAACAAAUACAGUCUGGGUCUGAGGUACAGUAUGUUACUACCACAGAGCCCCUUCUGAGGUAUGUUACUACCACAGAGCCCAGUCUGAGGUAUGUUACUACCACAGAGCCCCUUCUGAGGUAUGUUACUACCACAGAGCCCAUUCUGAGGUAUGUUAGUACCACAGAGCCCCUUCUGAGGUACGUUACUACCACAGAGCCCCUUCUGAGGUAUGUUACUACCACAGAGCCCAGUCUGAGGUAUGUUACUACCACAGAGCCCCUUCUGAGGUAUGUUACUACCACAGAGCCCAUUCUGAGGUAUGUUAGUACCACAGAGCCCCUUCUGAGGUACGUUACUACCACAGAGUCCAUUCUGAGGUAUGUUACUACCACAGAGCCCCUUCUGAGGUAUGUUACUACCACAGAGCCCAGUCUGAGGUACAGUACGUUACUACCACAGAGCCCCUUCUGAGGUAUGUUACUACCACAGAGCCCCUUCUGAGGUAUGUUACUACCACAGAGCCCCUUCUGAGGUAUGUUACUACCACAGAGCCCAUUCUGAGGUAUGUUACUACCACAGAGCCCCUUCUGAGGUAUGUUACUACCACAGAGCCCAUUCUGAGGUAUGUUACUACCACAGAGCCCCUUCUGAGGUAUGUUACUACCACAGAGCCCCUUCUGAGGUAUGUUACUACCACAGAGCCCCUUCUGAGGUAUGUUACUACCACAGAGCCCCUUCUGAGGUAUGUUACUACCACAGAGCCCCUUCUGAGGUAUGUUACUACCACAGAGCCCAGUCUGAGGUACGUUACUACCACAGAGCCCAGUCUGAGGUACAGUACGUUACUACCACAGAGCCCAGUCUGAGGUAUGUUAGUACCACAGAGCCCCUUCUGAGGUAUGUUACUACCACAGAGCCCCUUCUGAGGUAUGUUACUACCACAGAGCCCAUUCUGAGGUAUGUUACUACCACAGAGCCCAGUCUGAGGUACGUUACUACCACAGAGCCCAGUCUGAGGUACAGUACGUUACUACCACAGAGCCCAGUCUGAGGUAUGUUAGUACCACAGAGCCCCUUCUGAGGUAUGUUACUACCACAGAGCCCAGUCUGAGGUAUGUUACUACCACAGAGCCCCUUCUGAGGUACGUUACUACCACAGAGUCCAUUCUGAGGUAUGUUAGCACCACAGAGCCCAUUCUGAGGUAUGUUACAACCACAGAGCCCAGUCUGAGGUACGUUAGUACCACACAGCCCCUUCUGAGGUACGUUAGUACCACAGAGCCCAUUCUGAGGUAUGUUACUACCACAGAGCCCCUUCUGAGGUACGUUAGUACCACAGAGCCCAUUCUGAGGUACGUUACUACCACAGAGCCCAUUCUGAGGUAUGUUAGUACCUUCCGCUCAGUGUUUGAGAUCAAUUGACACUCUUUACCAUGGCACAUUGAGAUUUAUUUUAAAUUGCAAAACCCUUACGCACCACUGCACUUUGUAUA